AUGAAGGUUGUUGGAAUCGCCGUUUUAUUAGCAGCCUUAGUAUGCCUUACACAGGCUUCUCCCGUUGAAGAGCCUGAAGUAGAAGUACCAGCUGCCCUCCUCCAAGACGACUACGUAGACCCAACGGAAUCAAUGGAGAUGCUAAACGGAUCCCGCCAACGCAUCUGCACAGCCGCCCUCUGCCACAACGUGUGCAGAAGUCUCGGAUGGAGAACUGGAAGCUGCAACUCCCAACUCUUAUGCAUCUGCAGACGUUGA